ACAGACAGUACUCAUGUUGUCCUUUCUAGGUUCCGGUUGUAUUUCUGUGCUUGAACUACAUGCCCCGCUAAUCAUUUUGUUCCUAGCCUUAUACGAUCUCCAACCCGGAGGAGACAGACACAACUCUGACAGGGCUGAAACAGGUUGUGUCGAGUCAUGGCAUUCAGUAAAGGUUAUCGUAUUUAUCAUAAGCUGGAUCCACCUCCGUACAGCGUGAUUGUGGAGACCAGAAAUCGAGAGGAAUGCCUGAUGUUCGAGUCUGGAGCCGUUGCUGUACUGUCUUUGGCAGAGAAGGAGACCAUCAAGACCGCGUACACCAAGAUGCUGGAUGCUUAUGGGAUCCUGGGAGUUCUGCGUCUUAACCUUGGGGACUCUAUGCUCCACAGCCUGGUGGUCGUAACAGGCUGCAGUUCAGUGGGAAAAGUCCAGGAUUCAGAAGUUUUUCGCGUAACUGGCACCGACUUUGUCUCUCUGAAAAACGACCCCUCAGAUGAGGACCGCAUCGCUGAUGUCAGAAAGGUCUUAAACUCUGGUAACUUCUAUUUCGCCUGGUCCUCCACCGGAGGGAGUCUGGACCUCAGCUUGAACGCGCACCGGAGAAUCAGAGAAGACACAUCUGAUAAUCGUUUUUUCUGGAAUCAGUCCCUUCAUCUCCAUCUCAAGCAUUAUGGGGUUAACUGUGAUGACUGGCUGCUGAGGUUGAUGUGUGGCGGAGUGGAGAUCCGCACCAUCUAUGCUGGGCACAAGCAGGCCAAAGCUUGCGUGAUCUCUCGGCUCAGCUCAGAGAGAGCAGGCACCCGUUUCAAUGUCCGAGGCACAAAUGACGACGGCCAGGUGGCCAACUUUGUGGAGACUGAGCAGGUUAUUUUCCUUGAUGACAAAGUAUCCUCCUUCAUUCAGAUCCGAGGGUCAAUACCUCUGUUCUGGGAGCAGCCAGGAAUUCAGGUUGGAUCUCAUCGUGUUAAGCUGUCCCGUGGUUUUGAAGCAAACGCACCAGCUUUUGAGAGACACUUUAGUGCUCUGAGGAGGCUGUAUGGCAAACAGGUGAUCAUCAACCUGCUGGGUAUGAAGGAGGGUGAACACAUGCUCAGCAAAGCAUUCCAGAGUCACCUGAAAGCUUCAGAGCAUGCAAACGCUGUGAGAAUGUUGAACUUUGACUAUCAUCAGAUGGUUAAAGGUGGGAAGACUGACAAGCUCAACAGUGUCCUGAAACCUCAGAUCAACAAGUUUCUGGAGGAAUGUGGUUUCUUCUACUACUCAGGAGAGGCGGGCAUUCAGAGAUGUCAAAGUGGGACCAUUCGUUCCAAUUGUCUCGACUGCUUGGACCGAACAAACAGCGUCCAGGCCUUCAUUGCGCUUGAGAUGCUUCCAAAACAAUUGGAAGACAUGGGUCUGACCGAGAAACCUCAGCUGGUGGCGCGUUUUCAGGAGGUUUUCCGCACCAUGUGGUCCACCAAUGGAGACUCGAUCAGCAAGAUCUACGCAGGGACUGGUGCUCUGGAUGGCAAGGCUAAGCUAAAAGAUGGAGCUCGCUCGGUCACCAGAACCAUUCAGAACAACUUCUUUGACACCUCUAAACAGGAAGCCAUUGAUAUCCUGAGACUGGGCAGCACCCUGAACAGUGACCUGGCAGAUAAGGCACGAGCCCUUCUCACAACCAGCAGCCUGUAUGUCUCUGAGCCCAUUUUACAGUCAGCCUCUCCCAGAGUGCUUCUGGGCAUGUGUCAGAACCACUUCAAGUACACACGUCCCAAAAAGAUCAGAGUGUGUGUGGGUACUUGGAACGUGAAUGGGGGCAAGCAGUUCCGCAGUAUUGCGUUUCGUAACCACACACUCAAUGACUGGCUCCUGGAUGCCCCCAAGAAGGCUGGCCACCCUGAAUUUCAGGAUGGAAAAUCCAACCCAGUGGACAUCUUUGCUAUUGGCUUUGAGGAAAUGGUGGAGCUGAAUGCUGGAAAUAUCGUCAGUGCAAGCACCACUAAUCAGAAGCUGUGGGCUGCAGAACUGCAGAAGAACAUCUCACGAGAUCACAAAUAUGUGCUGCUGGCCUCAGAGCAGCUGGUGGGUGUCUGUCUGUUCGUCUUCAUACGCCCACAGCAUGCGCCAUUUAUCAGGGAUGUUGCUGUAGACACAGUAAAGACUGGAAUGGGUGGAGCCACUGGUAAUAAAGGGGGUGUGGCUAUACGCAUGCUCUUCCACACCACCAGCAUCUGCUUUGUGUGCUCACACUUUGCUGCCGGGUUGACAGUCAAAGAGAGGAACGACGACUACAAUGAAAUUGCACGCAAACUGUCCUUCCCCAUGGGCCGGCUCCUGUACUCGCAUGAUUAUGUUUUCUGGUGUGGAGACUUCAACUACAGAAUAAAUAUUCCUAAUGAAGAGACAAAGGAGCUGAUCAGACAGCAAAAUUGGGAUGCACUGAUUGCUGGAGAUCAACUGGUAGAGCAGAAGAAUGCUGGACAGGUUUUUAGAGGCUUUAUUGAAGGGAAGCUGGAUUUUGCCCCCACUUACAAAUACGACCUGUUUUCGGAGGACUACGACACCAGUGAGAAGUGCCGGACACCAGCGUGGACUGACCGUGUGCUGUGGAAGAGAAGGAAGUGGAACUUUGAUAAAACUGCGGAAGAGUUGGAGUUGAAUGUAGUAGGAGCCCCAGUGAAUGAGGAAGAUCAGUAUCCAUGGAGCCCUGGAGAGCUCAAAUAUUACAGCAGAGCAGAGCUCAAAACCUCUGAUCACAGGCCUGUUGGGCCAUCAUAGAUGUGGACAUUACUUGAGGUGGAUCCAGAGGCCAGACACCAGGUUUAUAAGGAAGUGAUCGCCCUGCAGGGCCCACCAGAUGGCACCAUCCUCGUCUCUCUCUGCACGUCUGUCCCUGAUGACUACUACUUUGAUGAUCCACGUGAUUGAUGACUGUUGGACAAGUUUGCUAAUUUUGGCGAGGUUAUUCUUAUCAGGUUUGUUGAAGAGAAAAUGUGGGUGACAUUUUUGGAGGGAUAUUCUGCUCUAGCAGCUCUAUCUUUGAGUGGCUCUACCGUAAAUGGUAAGACCAUAGACAUCCGUCUGAGGAGUCCAGGAUGGAUAAAGAGUCUAGAGGAGGAAAUGAGUGUGGAGAGAAUCUGCGGCAGCAUGCCAACAUCCACCAGCUCCACCCUGCUGGCAGAAAACUCUGACAUGGGAGAAGAGUAUGACAUGGAAGGUGAUGUGGAUGAGGAGAUUGAGGAGAUUUUUCCCCAGCACCUGCAGCCUGGAGCAGGCAUGGAUCUUGGCGCGUCUCCUGCCACAUCCCCACGCACCAGCCCCUGCCCCUCUCCUACCCACGGAGAACCUGCACCCCCCAUCCGGCCCAGCAGAGCCCCUCCACGCACAGCUGGACCACCACAGGGUUCUCCUGUUGAUGGUCAGCCAGCUGGAGCUCUCUUUUCACAGGGACUAGAGCCAAAACGUCCCCCUCCUCCACGCCCCAAUGUCCCACCAGCCCGGCCUGCACCUCCGCAGCGCCCACCACCACCCUCAGGACAAAAAAGCCCAGCAUUAGCACGUGCAGAUGCAGCUGGUCGAGGUCAAGCCACCGGAUCAGCCCCUGGAGGUGCCCCACGGCCGAUCCCACCUCGAGCAGGAGUCAUCAGUGUCCCUCCUCAGGCUAGACCUCCUCCUCCUGCUCAUCCUGGGGCCCCCAGACCCAUAGCAGAGGUGCAUCCUGGGGCCCCACGACCCUCACCUGAUAAUCACCCUGGAGCUCCAAGACCCGUUCCUGAACCCCAAAGCAAACCGUCUGAACUCCCUCUGGGUCCACCCCCCACACUGCCAGGUCCCAUGAGGCCUCAGAUGACAUCACCCAUGCAGCCCCAGUCCAUGUCGCCAAUGCAGCCUCCAGUCCAACCUCAACUGCCCCCACCCAUACAAGCCCAGCUCCCUCCACCAAUGCAGCCCACCUUGCCUGCCCCGCUGGUGCCUCAGCCUGCUCCUCAAGCGUCUGCUGGAGCCGCUGCCACCUCUCAGCCCGGACUGGCAUCUCCCAAGCCUCCACCCCGGAGCCGGUCCUCUCACGCACUGCCAGCUGAGUCUGCUCCUGCUCCUACAUCUCAGGCCAAGGACAUGAAUGGAGUCCAAAGAGAAGCACAAUGGAAUCUAGACCCCUUCGACAUGCUUAACACCCAGUCCCUCUUCCAAAAUUCACCGUUCUCCGCUUCCCUCCCUCGCUCCUCUUCCUCAUCCACCCCCUCCCCUUCUUUUUCCUCCACGUUGCCCAGCUCCCUCUCCCUGUACUCAGCUCCGGACACUAGCAGCACUCCAUGUCUCCUGCCUCCCCCUUUUCCCUCCCGCAGCAAAUCCCAAGAGACCCUCCGUUCAUCCCCCAGUCCGUUCCUCACAGAAGCCCAACCCAGACCCAACAGCACCAACCCUUUCACUGGCAACUUGUUGUCCUCCCCACGCCGAUCUCUCACGCCCGAUUUCUACACCCAGCAGCAGGCCCAAGAGGCCAGGUCGGGCCUCAACAGGGCCAUGUCAGCUGUGGUUCAGAGUUCAACUCUUCCACCAUCGUUCUCCAGACAACAAUCCUUAGUUCCUGCUCCAGCAGCAGCCCCAGCCAAACAAACCCAAAAGUGGGUCACAUUUGAUGACGAUUCAGACUUCCUUUCAAUGAAGGCUCCAUCCACAGGUGGGACCGGCCCGCCGCUUAUACCCACAGUCUCAUCCGUUCCCUUCCCACAACCCCAGAGCAGCCUCCCCAGCACAGGCUUUGGCAUGAACAGCAACUGGGCGUCUCUUCCCACUUCCACGUUUCCCACAAUCCCUCCUCCGAUCCCAACCAGUACUAAUACCAGCAUCAGAAACGCCCACAUCCCUUCCAGAAAUGAAUUCACAGAGAGAUGAUACAGUGGAGAACGUGUAUGUAAAAUACAGAGAAAAUAUUAUUGUGUAUCUAUAAUAAGUGUAUGGUUUGUAUAAAAGUGUGGUGUUGGAAGUGUGGACCCAUUUGUCCGAAAUAAAUCCGACCGUUUCUUUUAGCCCAACGUAGAUGGGAAACCAAGAGGAAAUCAACACCGUCUGUUAGUAUAUUUUCAGUUUUUAAAAUAUUGGGCUAAAAACCUGUCAUUUGCAUAUUAAUAUGCAUAACCGGCAUAUUUCAGUUUCAUCCUCUGCUUACCCUCAUAGAUAAUUUCAAUCAAAAGAUAUUUUGAAAAAAUUAUUUUUUUUUGGACCCCAUUGACUUCCAUUAUAUGGGCAAAACCAGUUGAAACAUUGUUCAAAAUAUGUUCUCGUAUGUUCCACAGAAGAAAGAACAUUUAACAGGUUUGUAAAGACAUGAGAGUGAGCAAUUUAUCAUUCGUUGGUGAACUAUCCCUUUAUUCUGUAACCCAGUGCAAAUAAGAAAACUUGUUAUUAUCAAACGCACAGAUUUAAAAUGCCUGGCUGUGUCUGACGUGUUCUACGCCAUCAUAUCCGUAAAAUGGGCUUGACCAGAGAUACUUGUUUGUUGUAAAACUCAUUAUGAAUGUGUCUAUUGCCUACGUUUAGGUUCAGAGCCUGCAGCAUUAACUGUUGCUGUGCUUUACUGCAUACUCAAAACAAGAGUCUUUAUUUUUCUGGGUUGUCACGCAAAAGACCCCCGUGCAUCCUGUAGCACGCCCGAUGUGCUUAGCUUGUUGAAAUAUAUCUUCUAUACAUAUUCAUAGUGAUUAUAUAAAUGUCUUCCUAGUGGGGAAAAAUGUAAAGUAGUUCUGAAUUGUGAUUAUAUUUACAGCGUAUACAUGCCAUAUCUAAAGUGCACUGAAGAGCUCUGUCCUCUAGGCUUUCAAACACACAUUUCGAGUGGAGCAUGAGGGUCACAGCGGCUCCUCUCAUGUAUCAACACUGUAUAUACAUGUGCUUUCAUUUCAUCUGAUCCAAAGCUCACAACAAAAACUGCUGUAUUAAACAAAUGUGUUGUGUGUGUUUGAUUUGGUGGGUUCCUCAUUCAGGAUUUUGGUCAUGCUUUCUUUUGUGCAAUGUGUACUUAUUCGCUCAAUGAAAUUGUGUUUUUUUUAAUUUCGAUGAACAGGUUGUUGAUAAAUCUAUUUAUUGUCGUGUGGAGGAAUACUGUGCUGUAUUUUGGAGUGCGGCGCCUGUUUCUGUGCAUUUUAGCUGUUUGUGCGAGUGCGCUUUGCGUGUUUGCAUCACCAUAUUGAGGGAUUCGGAUAUCUUAUGAGUCUGCUGACCCCAGAGUCAUUAUAGCAUUAUGUCAUCGAACCGAUUUUGAGAGAAAUAUUUAUCAAAUAUAGUGUAAUCUUGAGAGGUAAUGCAAAAAGAUGGAUUAUGAAUGUUGUAACAUUGAAAGCUACAUUUUUGUAACAAUGCCUUGUUGAUAAAAGUCUGGAGUACAAAGGCCCCAAAGGUGUUUAUUUGGUUCUAAGGAAGCAUAUCAUGGUUCAGCCUCAGUUGUUUUUGUUAAUUGUAUAGCAUUCCAGACUUUACUGAUGCAUUAUGGGUGAAUGAUCAGCCUUCAGGCACUUGUUUUAUGCGAGCAGUCGAUUUACUCCUGUUAUGCAGGUUUUUAAUGUCCCUCAAGGGCAUACUGAAAUGAUUCAUUCUUGGUUAAAGUGUAUGUAUUUCAGGAAAGAAGUAUUUUACUUGUGCUUUUGUUUCUUGUUUACAUUUUAGGUACAACUUAAACAUCUGCACUAGCUGUUUAAAAGUUCGCCUGGGACGUGUUGAGCAACAUAUUUUGGCUUUAAGCAUUGCAGAUUUAUUUUUGGAGCUUAAAAGAACUGAAAAGUUUGUCUCUUUUUGGGGUUUGGUUGAGGAAUGGGUCAGAAGAAGCCAGCCAGCAAGAUUGUGUGAAUUAAUGCAUGAGAAAACCAUUCCAAAAUGCAUUCCAAAGCACUAACUGUGAAUAUCUCCAGAAUAUAGACAAGUAUCAGGUUGUGGAUAAUAAUAAUUAUUUUUUCUUUUGAUGACUGAUGAACACAAUGUAACCACUUAACAUUCAAAGGCAUUAGAAGUCAUUUGUUCAGGUGUUCUGUAUGUAAUGAAAGCGUUAGAUUUGACAUUGCUAGCGCCAGUUAUUAAUGAGAAGCAAGGUUUUAUAGGAAUUUACUCCUUUUGUGAAAUUCCUUUAUAGCUUUUAGGCCAGUAGUAAACAGGUCUGUGGUAUUAACCUUAUAUGUAUGUAUACACAAACCACAAAACUGCAAUUCAGUAACAAGUUCUCGAUCUGUAAUUUAAGUGCACACCAAAAGUGCACAUUUAUGUAUGGAGCAAUUGAUGUUGUAUGUAUGCAAUAAUAAAUGUAUUUCAACAUGAAA